AAAAAACUGUUGUUUGAAUGUGCAUUGACAGCAGACCCAGCCCCUGCAAUCACAUGGUAUAAGGAUAAUGCAGUCAUCCAAUCUUCAGGUAUUUAGAAUUUAGACAUACUUAAACUUGGUCUCAAAUUGACAGUCAGAAGUAUAGAGUCAGUGUUAUUGUUAUCUUUAAUGGUAAAAAAUGUUGUUAAUAGUGUUGUUAGUCUACUUAACUUUGAUAUGGUGUUUAUGAUGGGGAAUUACACUGACUUAAUUUUGGAUCUGUUUUGACUAGUUGUCAUGGUCAAAAGUGCUGUUUUAGUGUGUGAAAGGAAAUGUUGUUUUAGAUAUAUAACAUUGCUACAAAUUAUUACAGUUAAAAGUUUAUCCUAGUUUAAUUACUAAUUUCACAUGCUAGUGAAAUAACACUAAAUUAAGUAUUAUUUUUAAUUUUCUUCAGGUCGUUUCAAUAUUCGUGCUGAACCCAGGGAGAACAAAACAUACUUCCUUGUUCUUGAGAUCAAUGAUGUUGCGGCUCAGGAUGCAGGCAACUACAAAGUGACAGCCAAAAACACAUUGGGAGAGAGCAAUGCAACAAUUAGGCUCAACUUUGAC